AGUUCAUUAAUUAAUUAAAUAACGUAAUCAAAAGAAGAAAGCACGAGAGCAUGAGUGAGGGUCCAGAACUUAAAGCAGGUCAUCCACCAGCCGUUAAAGCUGGAGGUAUGAGAAUUGUCACGAAACACAAGCACAAGGAACAAGACUCUGAUGCUUAUGACGAGAAAUAUAAAGACACUGUUAAUCCAAUGGGAGGCACUCCCGUCAAGGUGGACAUGAAACAAGAUGUUGCUGUAGCUGGACUGAGCAGUAUUGACACGCCUCAGUCGCAUAGCACGGCCAUAAAAUCGUUUCAUGAAAAACCAAAGCCGACCCAUGAGAAGUAUCAUGCUCCUCCUAAACAAAUGCAGAUCAACCAGCCCAGGAAGAACUAGCCUAUCUCAAGUAUAACUGACUAAUUGAUUGACAAACACAAUAAUAGCCUCUUGUUUAUUAGUAUUUGGUAUGUAUCAUGAUUUGUUGUUGCUACUUGUGUCGAGUAUAACCAUUUUGUCUGGUCGACCUUUGAAUUCAAAUAUAACUUUCUGUAAUCUCCA